CCGGCGCGUCUUCUCUCACUUUAUCUAUAUUAUAGUUCAGAAUAUUCUAACUCUAUUUUUUCACCUUAAAAACUAAUUGAAUGUGAUAACUGCGUGUUUUUUUAACGUCUCACCGUUUAAUGUUCAUUUACUGGAUUAUUUAAUAUCAUAUUUCUGCUCGUGCGCUGCCGCCGUGCUGUGAUGUUGUGUCAGACCGUUUCCAGAGGUGGAUAUUAGUUUGUUUUAUUGUCCCGGGUCGGACCGGACCGGCUCUGUUGGGGUCCCGUGUUACAGGAUGCUGCUGAUCCGGGUCAGCCUGGCUCUGCUGUCCUGGUUCUGUUCAUGGAGCCGUGGCCAGGACUACGACAGCUGGGUGAACCAGCCGGUGUUGUCCAAUGGUCUCUGUCGCUACGGCAACAGCGUGGAGUGUUGUUGGGGCUGGAGACCGAUGGACUGGGGACGCUGUCAACCUUACUGUCAGCAGGGCUGUAAACACGGAGAGUGUGUUGGACCGGACCGAUGCAAAUGUCACCCAGGAUACACCGGCAAGGCCUGUAACCAAGACCUGAACGAGUGCGGUCUGAAGCCUCGGCCCUGUAAGCAUCGCUGUAUGAACACGCCUGGCAGCUACAAGUGUUACUGUAUGGACGGAUACAUGCUGCAGCCGGAUGGGAGCUGCAGGAAUGCUCGAACCUGUUACCAUGCCAACUGUCAGUACGGCUGUGAGGUCAUCAAAGGGGCGGUCCGGUGUACCUGUCCGUCGCCGGGGUUACGGCUGGGACCCGACAGACGCACCUGUGUGGACAUUGAUGAGUGUGUGUCGGGUGGUGGUGUGUGUCCUCGUCGCAGGAAGUGCAUGAACACGUUCGGCAGCUUCCUGUGUAAAUGUCACCUCGGCUUCAAACUCACGUACAUCAACGGACGCUACAGCUGCAUCGAUAAAGACUCUCGGCCGUUCUGCUCUUUGAAUCCGUCUUCUCCAAAGUGCCGCUGUAAAGACGGCAGCUGUAAAGCGAUACCCAGAAUCCCUCUGGAGCCUCCGAGACCCAGAACUACAACAACUACAACAACUACAACAACUACAACUCCCAUCACCACCACCACCACCACUACCACUACUACUAUUAGUACUACAGCACAGCCAACCACUACGGUCCCCACGACGACCAUCACCAUAGCAACAACUACUCUGGCUGCUACAACCACCACUUCAACACCUACUACUACACCUGUUACUACACCUGUUAUUACUACUACUACACCUGUUACUACUACACCUAUUACUACUACACCUGUUACUACUACACCUGCUACUACACCUAUUACUACUACACCUGUUACUACACCUAUUACUACUACACCUGUUACUACACCUAUUACUACUACACCUGUUACUACACCUGUUACAACUACACCUGUUACUACACCUAUUACUACAACUACACCUGUUAUUACUACUACUACACCUGUUACUACUACGCCUGUUAUUACUACUUCUACACCUUUUACUACUACUACAGCACAGCCAACCACUACGGUCCCCACGACGACCAUCACCAUAGCAACAACUACUCUGGCUGCUACAACCACCACUUCAAUACCUACUACUACACCUGUUACUACUACUACAACACUUCUUACUACAUCAGAAACCACUCCUCUUAUUAUUACUACUACUACACCUGUUGUUACUACAACACCUGUUACUACGCCUGUUACUACUACUACACCUAUUACUACAACAACACCUGCUACUACUACGUCCAGUACUGUUCCAAGUACUGCACCACCUUUACCUACAACCACUGUGAGUACAUCUGCUCCUGUGCCAACUACAACCCAACUGGAUACAACUACAACUACAACUACGGCAAUGACGACAACGCCAACGAUCGCUACCACAGUCGCCACGACGACCACCACCACCGUUUCCAUGGCAACAACCACAGUGAACAACAAGAUCAACAAGGACGUGACGCAGAAACAGAGAGGAGACGUUCACAUCCCUCGUAACCCGGGUCAGAACCAGGUCUGGGAGUUUGACAUCGAGUUGGGAAACACGGCAGACGAAGCCAAAGACGAUCCUGAGGUCGGAGUAUUUCACUGUUCCUUCGAUCACGGAGUCUGUGAUUGGAUGUCUGACAGAGACGGUGACCUGCAGUGGGAAACUGUUCACACCUCUGAAGGCGGACGUUACCUGUCUGUGCCAGAGCUGAAGGCGGGACAAAGGAGCAUCCGUGGCGCUCGAUUGGCCGUCCAAAUAGUCCCGCCCUGGAACCAUGGCGACCUGUGUUUCUCCUUCUCUCAUUGGUUGACGGGGCAUCACGUGGGCGUGCUGCAACUCUUUAUCCGAAAGAAAGGACGAACCCAAAGGUAUAGUCCCGCCCUCUGGAGCAGGACAGGUGGACACGGCUGGAGACAGACGCAGGUUACCUUGACGACGCACGCUCUGGACAAGGUGUUGCUGAAGGCCGAGCGAAGGAAAGGACGACGAGGACAAAUCGCCGUGGAUGAUGUCAGACUGAGACGGGGGGCGUGUCGAUGACAUCACAGCGUCCUCACACAAACGGACAAUUUAAAACUUUUCAAAACUGAUGAAUCAGAGAUAAUUUAAAAGACGAAGCUGCUGUUUUUUUAUAUAUAACAAUAAAUCCUGUAAACUGUUUGACGUUCAGCAGUUUCUAGAUGAAUUUCUUCGUUGCUUCGUUAUUUAAACUCUUUCUGAGAAGGAGGAAAAAAAACUAAAAGACUAAAAACACUAACUCAGCAGAGCGACAGAGGAACUCCUGUGACCUUUGACCUUCAGCGUUCAGAUGGAAACGAAGUCAAACAUUCACUGAAACUGAACUUUGCUUU